UUCAUCACUUAAUUUUCUUUGGUGUGUCUAUUCUCGUGAUUAUAAACGGAAGUACGGGUACGUUUUAGAACAAUACGGUCUAGAAGAUGCAAACGUUUGCAUGUAUUUGUUUGAUAUCUAUCCUGAUCUCGGAAUCUUUUGGCAAAUUCGAUACUGCGGCCGACCCGGUUUUCAGUGAUGAUGUGACCGACUAUGACAGUCCUUCUGGAAUUGAUUAUUACGAUGUUAAAGAUUAUCCGAUGAUACCGGGAGAAUGGAAUGUUUAUCGGAAAACCAAACCAGGAGGGCUGCUCCCAAGAUCUGAUGCCGAUAUGGAAGGCAAAACGAUAUCUAGCAAAGAAAUCACCACAACAUCAAGAUACAUCCCCACAAGACAACCUAGGGUGCAAAACAAAAGUCGGAAACCUGCCAGAUUCAGCACUGUCGUACCUAUACCAACUGCUGCACUAACAGCUCCACAGUGCAUAUUGCAGCGUACCACACCCAAACCCUUAUGGAGACGCGAAGGAGGUCGUGUUAUUAUCGAUGGAUCAGAUCCAAACAUCGAUAUUUUCAAGGUGAUGAGAGAGGCACGUCGUCGUCCAACCGAGGCUCCGAAGCCAACCGGAAACCUACCCAUGAGAGACAUAGUGGGCAACGAGAUCAAACCGGAAACAGCGUCCAAUCAGUUCCUGGUGCUGGGAAAUGUACGACGUUGUCGGGAAAUCAAACAGGAGGAUCACGAGCACAGAACCAGGAAUAGCCGAGUAGAAAAUUCGGAUCCGACGGUGACGGGACUUACGGUGGAAUAUCCACCCAACAUAAAAUGGUUGACACAUCGUUUUGAGUCGACUUCGACCGGUGGAAAGUCGUUUGUAUUUCGGACUAUGAAUGGCAAGCUAGGCUUCCUCAAGAUGAAAUGGUAUAGCUGCCCGACCAGGACUUCUGGUUGAUUUGGGUUCGUUUGAAAAGUUUUUAAAUAAAGUUGCAGUUAUAAAUGACAA